GUGGGAGGCCCGGCACCUUCAUCAUCUUACUCCAUCCUCAGAGUUCUUCCAGGCGGCGGGGACCCGGAGGGUCGGGGAGCCAGAGCCUGGAGGGCUGACCCCGCGAGGAGAGGCGGGGCCCGAGGAGGGCCGGAGGGAGGAGGAAGGAGUCGGAGGAGGAGGGGACGCCGCGCCCCAGUGCCCUCGCCAUCCAGUGCCCGGAUACCCGGCCCUCGCUCCCCGCCCCCGGCCGACGGCUCCCCGAGAGCCCUCACCCGCGGCUCUCGGCCCCCACCUUCAGGCCGGGCUCAGCACCCCGGCCCCGGUCGCGCCCCCUCCCACGUUCCCCUGUCGCGGGAUCUAGUUCCCCCACCGCGACACCACGCCCCACGUUCCGCACACCGGUGGCUUCGCCCCUCCCCCAGGCCCGGCUCGCGUCCCCGCCCCCGAUCGCGUCCCAGACCCGGGAUCUCCCCCUCCCCCCGCUCACGCCCGGCCCGGGUCCGCACCCCCGGCCCGGCCGCGCCCCCUCCCGCGUCCCCGCCCCCGGGCCGCGUUCCGGCGGCGCCACAGGCCUGCUUGGCUGGCGCGCCAUGGGCAGCGGCAGCAGCCGGAGCGGCCGCGCCCUGAGGCGGCUGCGCAGCCCCGACAGCCGGCCGGCGGGGCCCGACGGGGCAGCCCCGGAGGGCGGGACGGGGCUGCCAGUCUCGGCGACGGCGGCGGCGGCCCGGGAGGAGGCCCGGGAGGCGGCGGCGGAGGCGGCGGAGGGGGCGGCCGGCCCCGGACCCGGACCCGCGGUGCCCCCCGACGGCGGGGACGAGACGCUGCGCCUGCUGGACCAGCUGCUGGCCGAGUCGGCGGCCUGGGGCCCCGGCGAGCUGGCCCCGCGGGGCCCGGCGCGGCCCCGACCCGCAGCCGGCGCCGGGAGCCCGCCUGUGUUUAGAAAGACAAGGGGUGGCAGGAGGGCGGAGGAGGAGAGGAGACGGCGCGGGAAGCAGGGUGCCCAGGUGGGAGAUUCUGCAGAAAUCCAGGUGUCCCCAAAACGGAGCACUGAAGACCACCCAGAGAGCAGCAGUGUCUCUGAAGCCCCAGGCAGCUGCCACAAGAGGCCUGAGAGGCAGUCAGCCAUCACGUACGACUACUCCGAGGAGGAGCUGAUGGCCAGCAUCGAGCAGGAAUACUGCUGCUAAGGCUGGUGCUGCAGCAGCCCCGUGGUCACCCAGCGGUCAAUGCACCGUUCCUCCCAGCCCCAGCCCCAGCUGACUGGGUCUCUUAGGAACCUAAGGUGGGCGCACACAUCCCCCUGCCCCGCCCAGGGCUCUAGCUGGAGCUUAGCCACCUCCAACAUGCAGUUACUCCCAGAUCUUUCACAACUGCCCUCUUCAAAUCCAUAUUCACACAGUCCUGAACGUGGCCGGCUGCUGGCCAUCAUGCUUGCUGGCAAGAGGUGAUCAGCUGUGCAGAUCCAGGCCAGAAGGAAGGCACAGGUGCUGCCCCGCAGGUGCAUGGGCAGGUGACCUGCCAGAUACCUGCCCCUCCUCUCAGUCUCUGGGGAGAUCCGUCUACAAGGUUCUCCUGGAUCUUGAAAUGCUUCCCCUUUCUGAAGGCCCACUUGCCACCUGCUCCGAAGAAGCCUCUUUAGCUGAGUGUGGCUCAGACUGGACACUUUGGGAACUCUAACACACGUCCCAGAGGGCCCCAAGGAGGUUCCGCUCUGGAGGGCACACCCAGGAGGUAUGCCUUACCGAGCUGGAGGGAGUCACCCUCUGUUCUGCAAAUGAGUCGCCUGGAGAUGUUAUUGAAAUGCAGAUUCUGAUUCUGUGGGUCUCCAGCAGGGCCUGAGAGUCUGCGUUUCUAACCAGUUCCCAGGUGAUACCCAGGCUGCUGGAUCCCAGCCAUGCCUGGAGUAGCAGGGACAAGGUGUCUGAGCUUUAGGCCUGGCUGACUCUUCCUUCCCCGGUGCUGGAGGCUGCCCAGAGCCACGACCCACCCGCCUCCCCAAAGAGAGGCCUGUGCCCCUGCAGUGGGUGUGGUGGGACACGAGCCAGAGACCCCAGUUCUGAUCCUCGCUCUUGCACUAACUUGCAGUCACUUCCCCCCUCUGGUCCUCAGCGUCCCUCUCUAGAAAGUGAGUCCUGGAGGCGCGCCCCAUCCCCCAGCUCUGACCAUCAGGGAUCGCACAAUCCCAGGCUUCCUCCGUCUCUCGUCCCCUGGGGGCACGGGACUGCCUUCCCCGCUGCCGCUGCCGGUGAGCACUGGCCACACCUGGAAAGGGUCUUCAGGGCCGCCGGCUCUUCCCACCUGGUAGAAGGUAGAAAAUCACAGCAGUGAGGCCAGGAGAGCCUUAGAACAUUCCCAGCUGACUGAUGAGAAAGCUGACACCCUGUGAAUCAGGCAGGGCCUGGAGGCGAGUGCUGCUUGCACCAGACGUGCACAGAGGGCUUACUGGGUGCCGAGCGCGGCUCCAGGCCUCCUCCUGGUCGCUGGGUGUUGCUUCUGAGCCCCUGCCUUCCGCUCUGGAGCUGAGUGUGGAACCUGCUCAUG